CAUUCCUCCAUCAAUCGAGCUCUGCAAUAUUCGGCCAAUCCGUCAACUGGUGCACGGCCGUCAUUAUCCCCUCACGCCCCCUCGUCCUCCCUCCCUCCCUCAUCCAGAUCCCCUCGUUCCCGUUCCGCCGACAAAAUGUCUCUGACCGUGCUCGCCGAGCCAGGACACAACACGCCGACGAUGGGCAACAACAACAGUGGCAGGUCGUCCGGGCAUUCGCGAGGCGGUUCCUGGGUCAGCGACAAUAACCAGCCCAUCUGGUCUGGUCUCGACGACGACAACGCCCCUUCCUCCUCCUCCUCCACUUCCCUCCGUCCACCAAGCGCAAAUCCUCUCCGCCCAACUUCAUUUGGACGAGGUUGCGACCACACUCUCCUCGCCCCUCCCCCAGCACAGUUCGACUACACCCGUUCCACGUCCAUCCGCACCAUCGCCAUGGGAGGAGCUGCAUCCCGCAGCAGAGUCUCCAUGGACGCUCUGCCUGCAGACGACAGUGACCGUGAAGACGUUCAUCUCGACGCAACACCUUCCUCCUCCACCGCCUCCCUCCCCCUCGUCGACGCAGAGCGCCCACCACCCGCAGAGCCAUUCAUGGCAAAAAACCCCCAGCCAAAGCCUGUGCUUGUCGGAGGGGGGCCUCAUCCCGUUGGCCUUGGUCUCCCAACUUUUGUCGGCGGCACGGGGCGACCAGACUGGCCCGUAGUCCGCGACAUUGUCGACGAGGGCGAUUCGGAAGAAGAGGACCAAGAUGCAGACCAGCACGAAAUGGACACAUACCAGUCCGGCCACCGCGCGCCUGUCGACGCGACGCUCCGCUCCAUGCGCGGCGUGGUUGCACUCGGCGACGGCUGGGCCAGCGGCGCGUCGCCAGCACGAAAAAAGCGUUGGUUCCGGCGCAACAAGGCUGGCCAGUCGCCUCCCGUCGAGGACGACCCGCUCGCGCUGUGGAAUGUGCCGCCAUCCCCGACGGCCCCAGCGUCACCAGUGACUGCCACGACGGCCGCUGCGGCUGCAAACGACCCUAACGCCAAGUGGUGGCGCUCCAGGCGAAACCUUUUCACGUCACAGAAGAACAUUGCCUCGCACCCAGAAGGGUCCGCUGCACUCGCUUCGCCCUUGUCGCAUGCUCCGGCUUGGGCUGAAACUCGCGCCAGUAAUGCUGGCCCAGCCGCAAAAAACAAUCGGCCAAGCUGGGUCAACCGCAGCAGGCUUCAUUUUGGUUCAAUGGUAGACUUGGGUCGGCACGACAAGCGCAAGCCAAGCAUGAGUGGGUCAGUUCAGGCAAUGGCUUCCACCGCAGCCACCAACACCACCACCACCACCACCACCACCCACCAUGCGACCUCGACCAGCCCUCCGACGACUACCCCAUCGGCGGCAGUGAGCUCGGGCCUCUUUGGUCCAGACCGGGCGGCGGCAAACACGCCAGCAAAGACGUUUGCACGACACAGCAUGGGCGGACUGGUCCGGAGCAAGGCGCCUCCACACCCGCUCGAACUGUCCCACCAAAAGGACCGGUCUGCAGCCUCUUCGCAACCCGCCAUCCCUUCCGCUUCAACGUCUCAACCGUCCUUCUUCCCUUCACCCAGCCUCGAGCACCCUUUGCUCAGGAUGUCGUACGCCCGAUCGGAGAGUCACCUCGCAGGCAACGCCGUCCCAUUUUCCCCCGGCAUUCCGCCCCCGCGCCCUGUCGUCGACGCCGCUGGACCCUUGAAGGGCUCCAGCAUGCCGUCCUGGCGGCCUCCGGUCAUGUCACCAACCACACUCGUCGAGGUCGAAGAAGAGGACGAGGAGGACGACAUGACCCGCCCUACGCUAAAACGUACCGCCACUUUUGGCGACGACGACCCAAAGCCCCUGGACGCUCAGCCAGCCGCCCGUCCCGCUCCAGUCGUCUCGCAGCCUCCCGACCUCGACACUGUGCAGGGCUCGCCACCACAGGAGACCCAGCGUACGCUCUCCUUCAACGAGUCAUCCCACUCGGCGCACGAGUCGGCCAAGACCAAUUCGUCGCUCCUCGGCCGGAUCAAGAAUGCUCUUAGCCGGGGUCGCAAGCACAACUCUGCAGUUAGCCGCAAGGCUGCUUCAGUCGUCUCGGCGUCGACCGCACCAGAGUCGCCCCGCAGCUGUCUCUCCGAGCAGCCUCUCCCGACUACGCCCACACGCGCAUCUCUCCUUCCGCCGCCACGGUCCGUCGGUCACCAGGGCGUCGCACCUCCCCCGCACCGUCGCUCGCGGCUUUGGAGCCUCGCGGGCCGCGGCGGCGAGGACGGCGGCCAGGGUCUUGGGCUUGCCACUAAGGCGUCGUCCAAGCUGUCGGCCGGCGUGGACAAGCGCAACUACCGCGUCUCCAAGCAUGUCGUCGAGAGCAUGAUCAACCUGUCUCCAAGCAGCAACGCGGACACCUUUGGGCGCGCGAGCGCCACUUCGUCGACCAACCCAUCGCCAAACCCGAACGCGUCACGCCGCACAUCGUGGACGCCCGGCGGUGCGUCCGUGCGCUUGGGCGACGAGGACGAUGCUUCCGACCUAAAGGCUGAGCGCCGCCAGAGCCGCGUGAGCUUGCGGAGAUUCAAGUCGCAGAGCAAGCAGCGCCCUGCCUUGGGGUCUGUGUUCCCGCGCCCGCCCGACUCGGUUGACCAGCCACCGUCGCUGCACUGGGCUUUCCCCGGAUCAUACUCGACGCCGAUGCUGCACAAGUUUGGGGGAUCGACACUCAGCCUCGCGCUCGACAUUAGCUCUACACCCAACAAUGGCAUGUCGCUCGACGACAUCCAGGAGUCGCCCGUGUCACCCAAGCGCCGCUCGACGUACGACGACGGUCGCACUAGCCCCGGCACGCAGCGGGAGCGCGCCCUCUCUGCCACGCUCACGUCUCUUACGGCCCGCAGCGCUGCGCCGCCGACCGCCGAGCCGCCCGCUGUCCUGCAUGGAAUCCCCAUGAACGCGCGCGGCGGCCGCAACUCGAUCCCCGUCAACAUUGACAAUCUGACCAACUCGAGCGACAGCCUCUCAUUGCCCAUCAACCAGACUGUCAACUUCCCUCUGCCUCCCUCGAGCUCGGGCGACCUGAGCUCGCCGGACCCAGACCAGAUCGAGCAGCUGCGCACCCCGCAGGACGGUAUGGCGCACGACUACUGCCGUGAGCGCGACGACGCGAGCGACGAGUCUGGCUCAAGCGGGUCGGGCAGCUCUCGCCGCCUGCGCAAGGCGCCGAGCUGGUCGACGUGCAAGACGAGCGCGGGCACGUCCGUGACGCCGAUUGCGACGCCGACAUCGUCCACUUCAGCCGAGCACCAGCAGCAGCAGCAGAGCUCGUACGUGACUGCUCGCGCGAGCUAUUCUUCGUCGCUCCUCGUAGACGCGGGGGCCAGUGCCGUUGACGACACCGCGGCCGCAUACAUGGCCAAGGCCGCGGCCCGGGCGAUUGCGCCGCGCCACACGAUUGUAGCUUAAGAACAUAUACGGAGGAGCGUAAAUACAUACGAUAUUUGUCAUAGUUAUAUUGGAGACAUGUACUACUAGUGUUUGCUG